AUUAUUUCAUCAAGAAUGAUAAAUUUGUAUUAUUCUACUCUUAUGUAGCAGAAAACAUGAAGAUUGCCAUCUUUUUACUUGCUGUGUUGCCAUUUGCAUUGAGUGCAAAGAUUGACGACAAACGUUUCAUUGAGAGCUUACUGGGCGGAUAUGACAUUUUGCAACUUGCUGAACAAGUUCUUGGUCAAUUUGGAUGUGACGAAACUGAGGCUCAAUGUGAAAGCACAAUGUGCCCAGGUGUUGUCAACAAAAUAGACGGCCACAAUGUUUUCAUCACAAAUCUACUUUGUGGCGCAGUUUGCAAAGAGGCUCAAGUGCUAUCAAAACAAUUUGCACAUGGUCCAGUAAAUGGAGUUGACCCAUGCACCGGUGGAAUUUCUGGACGUUAAAUACAUAUAUCGAAUUAAAAUAAUUGUUUACAUUAUUUGUAAACGUCUGAUAUUAAAGAUGCUUAAAAAUUUC